AGGAAUGUAGGUCUUAGUUUAGUGGAGCAAGCAGCAACAGGUCCAGAUCCUGAGUGCUCGUUUGUUGAGGAGUCUGCACCGGUGACUCUGGACAAAAGGACGAGACCAGGACAAAGAGACGAUCCGUGUUUCAUGGAGAGAGGCAGCGAUCAGAGAAUCAGUGUUAGAGGUGUCCUGAUAUUUCAGACUGAUAGGAGAGAGUGAGCGGCUCAGAUUUAUCUCAACCAUGGAUGCUGUGCAUCAUCUGGACAACUGGAGAAAGGAUCUUCAUGUGUCUCAGGCAGCUGUGGACAACUCAGUGGACAUGGACCGCCUGAACAGGAACAUCAUGCCGGAGUUUGGACGGCAAACACACCAGGUGUUACAGAGCACACCAUUGGAUUUAUAUGAGACUGGAAAGGGGCUGAAGUUCCAGGCAGAGCGGCCCCACCUGGUCAGCCUGGGAAGUGGACGACUGAGUACAGCCAUCACCUUGCUGCCACUUUCUGAAGGCCGCACCACAAUGGGUCAAGGUUCCACGGACAUCAACAUCCAGGGUCCCGGGGUCGCCCCCCAGCACUGUUUCAUAGAGAACAGAUCGGGGCUCAUCACGCUGCACCCCUGUGGGAACCUCUGCUCAGUCGACGGGCUCCAGGUCACAAAGCCAGUCCGCCUGUCACAAGGCUGCAUGCUGUGUUUUGGCCAGUCAGCCUUCUUCCGCUUCAACCACCCUGAAGAAGCACUCAGGAUGAAGAGCAUGAUGCCCCAAGGAGGACGAGUCUCCACCGGGGACUACAAAUUAUGUGCAGACACAGAGAGCUUGGUCAAUGGGAAUCACCAGGCCGGUCCAGCCCAGUCUCCCCCAGCUCCUGGAGACAGAGUCCAGUCUGAGCACAGUGCGAUCGUCAGCUCCAUCGAGAAGGACCUGCAGGACAUCAUGGACUCUCUAGUCAUGGACGACCCUCAGCCGUCCUCCUCAGAGGGCAAGAAGCCUCCCGGAGGACCCAUCACCGGCUCCCCCCUGUCCCCGAUGGUCAACGGAGGGGGCCGGUUUCUUCUCUCCCCUCCCACCAGCCCAGGGGCCAUGUCUGUGGGGUCCAGCUAUGAGAAUAACUCCCCUCCCUUCUCCCCCCUGUCCUCCCCCUCAGCGGCCAGCAGCGGGAGCUUCACCAGCCCCUCUCCCAGUGGAGGACCCCAGGACCAGAGUUCGUCUCUGCCGCCAGUGCCUGUACGCUCCUCUAGCUACAACUUCACCGCCCAGCCUCCACCCGUCCCACAGCCACGGACCAUACUGCCCAACUUCAGUGGCGGUGGGCUGAGCCAGAAGGUUCAGGAAAGCCCCCGACUGCAGAGGAAGGUCCUAGCAGAGGCUCCUCAGAGCCCCAAGCCGAGCCGCCGAGGUCUGAGCCAAGACGGGUUUGAGAGCCCCCGACAGACCUCUUUCAUGUCCUCCUGUGAAUCUCUCAGUAGUAGACAUGUCGUGCCAAGUAGCCCCAGACUCACUCCCAAAUUCCCUUCCUGUCCGUCCCCGUCCCCCUCCAGUCCCAGGACCAAAACCACCACUGUGCUCCAAGAGAGACCUGCCAGUCCCUUCAGAGAGCAGGCCAGUCUAGCUGACUGCUCGCUCUCCUCCAGCCCCUCCAGGCAGCUGUCCCAACCCACCAGAGCCUUCCAGCCCCCCCUGGACCCCAUCGUCCACAUCAUCCAAGGAUCACCCCUCCAGCAGCAUGCACGUUCGCUGCAGCCCCCCGAGAGUCCCCGCAUGGCGAGGAGGAACCUGGAGCUGAAUGGCAGCGGUGGAGGGUGCAGCAGUAUGAGAGAGCUGCCCCCUCUUAGCCCCUCUCUGGCUCGGAGGGGGGUCCCGGUACUUCCAGGGGCUCUCCCAGGGACCAUACCCACCUUGAGGACUCCUGAUAGCCCCUCAAGUUUGGGUAGGUUUGUCCCAGAGAGUCCAAGGCUUCGCCGCAAGUCUGGAUCUACAUCUGAGGAGCCGACGUGCAGCAGGGGGAUCAGAGCCCGCAGCCCGUCGCCGACCUCCAUGAUGAUGGAUGGCGGGGGUUCAGGAGGCCGAAAGGCAAGCUUUGGGAAUUCCUUGUCGCCUGCUUACAGUCUGGGGUCCUUGCCCGGUUCGUCCCCCGUGUCCAGCCCCAGGAGCCACAGGAAGAUGUCUUCAGGGAGACCUCACCCAGGGAUGAGGGAGAGGAAGAACAGCAUCAGCGAGAUCAGUGACAACGAGGACGAGCUGCUGGAGUAUCACCGACGGCAGAGAGAGGAGCGGCUCAGAGAGCAGGAGAUGGAGAGACUGAAAGCCUCCUCCUCCUCCUGCAGGCCGUCCCCGCACAUUAUGAUCUCUGACUCCGCCCCCUUCUACCGCAGAGUCCUCACCUCCUCACAAGACCUGGGUUGGGGGUGGAGCGCUGGAGGAGUGGACGCGAUGAAGAUCGAAGAGAUGGAGAAGAUGCUGAAGGAGGCUCAGCUGGAGAAGGCCAGACUUAUUGAGUCCAGGGAGCGAGAGAGCAUGGCUCGCCGUCAGAUGCUGGAGGAGGAGAGGAGGAGGAGGGAGGAGGCCGAGAAGAGACUACAGGAUGAAACUUUCCACCGGCAGCAGCUCGUGGAGAAGGAGGUCAAGAUGAGGUCCAAGAACUUCUCUCAGGCCCGUCCGAUGACACGCUACCUGCCCAUCCGCAAAGAAGAGUUCGACCUGCGCUCCCACGUGGAGUCGUCGGGUCACAGCGUGGACACGUGCUUCCACGUCAUCCUCACAGAGAAGAUGUGCAAGGGCUACCUGGUGAAGAUGGGAGGAAAGAUCAAGUCCUGGAAGAAACGCUGGUUCGUCUUCGACCGCCUAAAGAGGACCUUCUCUUACUAUGUUGACAAACACGAGACCAAGCUGAAAGGUGUGAUCUACUUCCAGGCGAUAGAAGAGGUCUAUUAUGAUCACCUCCGCAGUGCCACGAAGAGCCCGAACCCCGCCCUGACCUUCUGCGUGAAGACCCACGACCGCCUCUACUACAUGGUGGCUCCGUCAGCAGAGGCCAUGAGGAUCUGGAUGGACGUGAUCGUGACGGGAGCGGAGGGAUACACGCAGUUCAUGAACUGAGAGACACGCAAAGUGCAGCACAGGUGACGGGCAGACAGUAUCGGCAGGGACUCUCCCACCACGGACUCUACUGGCCACUUCCUGUUUCCUGUCCACAGCGGACACACAACGCCUUCUUUGUUACUUUGGAAUCUCACCCUUUGAUUUGUAGACAUUCUCACCUCCACACGUUUUCUACCUGUUUCUGUUCGGAUUGAAAAAGGGAGCCCUCGGAGGACACACACACAUGUAGACACACCUGUAUAUAAACCAAAUGUAUGGAGACUUUAAAGAAGCCUUUCUAUAUUGCCAAAUGGAGAUCUUGUAGUUACUGUUUAUUGAGACUUUUGUAUUAUUUCUUUUCUUUCUUUCUUUUUUUACUUUUAGAGAAUAUUGCCAAAUGACAUAAUGCCAAUGUUUUAUUUGAGUGUUUCAUCCUGAUCAGUUCAGACAGAGAGUUUUAAAGAGUCUUCAGUCCGAGGGUGUUAAUCAUUAAGAAUCUUAUCAUCAUGUACGAGUCUGUGAGAGACUUCAGUCAGUGAACAGGGACGCAGGGAAACCCAGGAGAACAUCGUCACCAUGGAUUCACCUCACCACAGUGCUGCUCCUGGAAUUAACGCUCUGCAUAGUGUAGCAUUCACAGCACAUCACGGUACUUACAGCUACACGCUACUCACUCCACAUAGGCUUACCAAAGUAACUGUAGGUGUUUUGUUGAGACUUUCACCCACUGCAGCUCAGGUGUCCACUCUGCAGUUCUCACUAUGGUUCGACUGGUGCAGGACUCGAGAAGGACGCACUGAUUUAAGAUUUUAAUCCAAAUACAAAGCCCCAAUAAACCAGAAUCAUAAAUACAACUAAAUCAACAUUAGCACAUGUUGCAUCCAGCUUCAAAUUUGAAGAACAGAUAAAUAAAGUAGUUAUAGUAGUGGAAGGAAACUCACGAGAUGCCCUCCAACGAUCAGAAGUCGACCCCUGAAGAGAAACCUGUUCAUUGGUCGAACCAUAGCUGCAGCGUCCUCAUAGUCGCUGUGAAUAUGUUGAUCAUCACUGUUUCUGUGUGACGCCAACUAAAGGUGCGAACUGCACGCCUGUGUGCAAACAUCAGAACAAAGACACGCUCUCCUGUUUGCCAAGUAGCCUUUAGCGCACCUGAUAAAGCGGCCAUCAUCACUGCCAGCCUAAAGCAUAUCCACUAGAGGGCACUGCAGAGACCACACCUGCACAGGACCACACAGGAGGAUUUAAAAAAAAACAAACAGACUAAUGCAAUUCAGAACUGUGCCUUGAAUAUGUGUCGUUAUUGAUGCCGUGUCCGUGAGUCCAGCACAGCCUCUCUGGAGGCUGCGAUGGAAUGAAUGCAUUUGAGUUUGUGUUUCUGAGACAGAUGUGCAUGAAGUGAUCACGUUAAAGGGACGUCUGCCUCUGGUGUCGUUGCAGAGAUGAGGAGGCCCUGAGCACAGUGAGGAUAGGUUGCUGUAAUUUUCUAAACGCUGAAUGUACAAAAUAUGGAGUAAAGCUGUUGAUGUCAUCGAGAGAAGAUCCUCCUGGAGCUCUGGAGGAUCUUUGUUCUGUCUUUGAAGCAAGGCUGAAAUCUAAAAUCUCACAACCUUAAAUUGUAUCUGCUUUGUUGUAGAUGUUUCCAGGUUGCUUAUGUUUUUGCAAGUUGCAGACUGAUUGUGUUACUGGAGACUCAAGUUGUUAAGUAUUGGGACAUUGUUCCGUGUCUUCAUGGGAGCUUUAGUGUUACUGAGAGAUCAGGGAAGCGCUGGAACUUUUGAAUGCAGGGAAAAAGAUCACUUUUAAUCCGUAAAUUAGAAAUAACUGAUUCAAAUUGAUUUAUUAUGAGCUGAACCCUGCAGGGAAUAAUCUGCUGUUACAAUUUAAGGCAUAGAGUUUAAGUCAUGUGGUCGUUCCAAGCAGCUUCCUCUGAUGCUGAAAAAUGAAGCACAUGCAGGAGUGCGAAAAAAACUGCAGUACCACAAGUGUCCACUUGAGGGUGGUUGCACAAGCAAAAGAAUCCCCAUCAGAUCCCAUGUUAAAAUGCCAAUUUAGAAUAUCUGCAUUAACACUGGGGAUGAUUUUUUUUAAUGACACAUCUGUUAAGAUAAAUUAAGGAUUGGAGUUAUACAUAUAUGUGCAUAAAUUAGAAGCACAGCCUCUGCCUCAGCUUCACUUCUUGGUUGACCAAAAGUUAGCCCACCUCAGAGACACUAUCAGCUGCAUGAUUGGAUUCAGAGGAUUUGUAAUUUCAGAUAUUUUGCCUUGACAAGGGGAGUAAAAGUCGAGUUCUCUUGUACUCCAGCACUUUAAUUUGACUUUUUUUGUCCAGCAAGUUUUCCAACAAUUUGGAAUAUAUAACAUUUCUGGAGAUGACCUUCAAAUCUUGAGUUCAGAACAAAUAGAAAUGUAGAACAAGCUGAGGUGAGCAAUGAAACUUGUGCUCUGAAGAAUGUUUUAAAUGUUUUGUACAUUCAGUCGUGAAGAGACGAUGCUUCACUUAAGUCCAGAUUUUAUUUUACAGUUCAAGUUAAACUGUAAAAACAGUGUUGACGUGUAAAUGCUCUCUUAAAUGGUUCUUUAACCUUUAUUUUGCAUGAGAAGUUAUUAGUUUGAGUAAUUGAGUUUGAAAUCCUCGCUGUGCUCUGAGGCCUGCGUCGUGCAUGACACCAGAGGAGACCUCCUGCUUUAACAGACUGUAACUGGCUGGGCUCGCCCGGCGUCUUUAUUGUGAAGUACCGAUCAUUGUCACGUUGUAAAUCUAAUGAUGGGUUUGUAGGCGACAGCUGCAGGAUGCUGUUUCUGUGUUUUAUUUUGUAGGAGCAGAGGUCAGACUGUGACGCUGUGAUCAGUGGAGCAUGUGGAACUGUGGUUUGGUUUCAUGCAUCGGUACAGUGACGAUGAUAAUUUAUGGUUGUGGUGCCUGAAGUAGUGACACGUUUACUUCUCAAAAAAAAAGAAGAAAAAAAAGACGACUAGUGAAAAAGACCUUAAUAUAUUCUGUCCCCCUUGCCUUUAAUUUCUCUGCACAGUGUGCAAACCAAACUAUUCAACACUGGCAAGGCUGUUCAAUCAUGUCUGUGGAUAGUCGGUGGUGUAUACAUUACUGUUAUCUAUGUUGAAAAGAAAGGAAACUAAAUAUACUGUAAAGAGGAUGUCUGAAUGAAAACAUAUUAUUGAAACACAGUAUUGUAUGGAAAGACAAUUUUUACUUAUUUUUGUCAUUUUUAGAAAUUUUAUCGUCAUUUACAAAUUGUAUGGUGGAGUCGUAUAAAUCUACCUUUUUUUUUUUUACUGGUACAACAGAACACACACACACACACAUGCACACACACACACAAGCAAGCAUGCAUGCACGCACGCAUGCACGCACACACACAUGCAGAAUAACUCACCCAGCACAUAAGAGACUUUGGUUUUCCUAGAAAGUAGAUCCUGUUUCACACACACACACACACACACACACACACACACACACACACACACACGCUCACAAUCAAUACUCGGACCAUACUGUGUUAUUGGUACCUUGUGUGUCUCAUGUGUUACUUUCACAUAUGAAUAAUAUGGUUUAGUCAAAUCUAUUAAAAGAUGACUGUUACAGGA